CAAAGCAUCGUCUGAUGGAAAAGCACUCGAGGUAACAUCGGUUCAAAUGAAGCACAAUCAUGUCACUUCGAAGGUUCUACAUGCACAUAACCCUAGCCAAAGAAAACAGUAACAUGAAGGAAAGCGUCAAGGAUUAUUUGAAUAUGAAGGCCAAUAGAAAAAUGAUACAGCAAAAAGUUCAAGAAAGUGCCAAUGUAGCUGUUUUGCGAGACGAAGACAAUAAUUUCAGAGGACUUUUCAUUCAAAGUCCAACCAUGAAAAGUACAAUGAAGGCUUUUCCAGAAUUUCUUGCAGUAGAUGCUACAUAUAAAUUAUGAUGAUGCAGUUGUAUUUGAAACUAAAAAUCAGUCUUCUCUGGAACACUCUGAGGUUUGUGACGAGACGGACCUUCAAGACAGAAACAAUAUGAGUGAAGCGCUCAUAUUAGAUAAUAGAAAUACAUCAACUCUUGGUCAGUCACCUGUGGAAGCACCUGAGUUUUGUAACGAGCUGGUUAUAGAGGAGGAAAUGACACGAAAUGAAGCGCAUCAACUUUCCUAUAUUAGUGAUUCAGUUUUAAAUGACGUCAACAACCAGUCCCAUCAAAUAGUUGAAGUCAAUGAUUUCGCUUUGACAACAAUUAAGAUGCCUGUUUCAAUAAAAAAACGAGGACGUCCAAAAGGACAGGACUUACCAGUCAUAGGACUACCAAAGAAAAAGAAAAGAUGUACUGUAGCAUUUGCUAAACAAUCCUAUCAUGAAAAACAAAAUGUAAUCCUGGAUUGCUUCGUUAAGGAUCGUAAUAUCGUUCGAGACAUCACAAAUGGGAAAUUUCUUGAAACUGUAGACCUAUGGAGUGUAGAGGUAAGGAGAAAUAACUGUAGCAAGAUCCUAAAAUUUAAGACAUGCGCUGAACAUUUUAGAACAGAUGAUUCAAGACAUAAUAUUUGACGUGAAGCAAACGCGAAGCCGCGGGUUUCAAAAAAAUACAAUUUUAUUUUCAUGUUGCAUGAAAUAAAUUACAGAUUUUUAUUCAACAGCAACAGACUAGGCCCUUUUUUAUUGUUUCUCAUAAGUUAUUUCGCAAAUAUCAUUCAAGACGACGAAAAAAUAUUGUGAUCGUUUUAGUUUAAAAUUAAUGUUAAUUAUAAUUAACACAGAUAACAUAAGAUUAUGUUAUCUGUGAUAAUUAAGAAAACUUUAAAGUAAUAAUAAUUGGUGAUGGGUUUUAAAUAAAUAUAAUGCAGCUUUAAAAUAACUCCAUACAUUUAUUUUGUAUAAAAGUCAAUAUGUGUGUGUGUGUGUGAUUUUAUUAUCAAUUAUUCAGAAGCAAUAGACUGGGCAUCUUUUUUUAUUGUUAAC